AUGUCUCCUGCUCGCCGUGCCCUCAUCAGCGUCACCUCCGCUUCUGCCACCCUCUUUGACGGCAAAGAGACCACCGGCCUCUUCAUCAGCGAAGCUCUUCAUCCCUACAAGGUCUUGAGAGCUGCGGGAUUUGAGGUCGACCUUGCCUCGGAAACUGGCACUUAUACACCCGACUGGCUCUCUCAGCAGCCUGACUUCCUCAACGGCGAGGAUCUGGCUAUCUGGAACGACACCAACAGCGAGUUCCGCAAGAAGCUCGACAAUAUGCCCAAGGCCUCUGAGCUUGACCCAUCCAAGUAUGGUCUGUUCUACGCCUCAGCUGGACAUGCGGCUCUGAUUGACUACCCCACUGCAUCUUCUCUCCAGAACAUCGCUGCUCAGGUCUGGGCUAGCGGCGGAGUCGUCUCGACUGUUUGCCACGGCCCGGCUAUCUUUGCCAAUCUCAUUGACCCAACCACCAAUGAGCCUUUGAUCAAGGGAAAGAAGAUCACCGGCUUCACCACUGAAGCUGAGAACACGAUGAAGAUCAUGGGCGAGCUUCGAAGCUGGGGCUCCGAGUUGGUCGAGGAAACCGCCGCUCGCCUUGGCGCAACCUAUGAGCGUGCACCCGGUAUCUGGGAUGACUUCCAUAUCGUUGAUGGUCGCUUGGUCACUGGUCAGAACCCAGCCAGCGCUACUUCGACUGCUGAGGCGGCUGUAGCUGUAUUUGAAAAGCUUUGA